GGAGUGUUGCGUCAUCGUAAUUCUAUUGGCCGAGAGUCAUCGGAAGGGAGGGACUUGCGCGCGUAGUGACGUAAGAGUUUGUUUUGAGCAUGCGUUGAAAUGCCACUGUGUCCCAUGUUCUCUCUCUCUCUGUGUGCUGCUGGCUAUAUAAUAGCAAUAUCCCGACACUUGUCCUCUGCUCAUCGUAUAUUACGAAGUCUCGCUGAAAGUCUUUGAUUUAGGAAAGGCUUCGUCCCUGUAUUUGCUUUCAGUAGUGAUAAAGGGCGCUUAGCUAAGCUACCAGGAGACAAAUCAAAGGGGGAAAUUACAGAAAAGGAGAUCGUUUGUUCUUCCUGGAAAGCUGUGGUUGAAAAAACACCUUAUAUGAUUGAGAUGACAGAAAUUGCCUGGCACCUAAAAGUUUGAAGACUCAAACUUGCAAAGAUGAGCUGGCUGGUCAUUCAGUGGUGCAUGAAGGAGUGCUGACAGGUCAAGGCGCAGCGUUUCUACCAGAGGGAGUGGAAAAGAGGGACAGAAGAAGAGAAAACGGAGCGGGGAGGAAUGGGUGUUGGUAAAAACACCACCUCCAAAUCCAUGGACUCCACCGCAGAGCUUGCCAAAUAUGAUGAGGAGACCAAACACAGUGCAAAUUUCUACCCCAUCCCAGUGGUUAAUGGGGUUGUCCAAACGCCUGGAGACCAAGACACCGAAGACACAAAACUCAUGGCCAUUUACACCAAAGACAGCCAGACAGAGGACAAGUGCUCCAUAUCAGAGACGAUUGAUAGUGCAGACAACAUCGACGCCAGGAGAAUGGAAAUGAUAUACACCAUAGAGGACACACCUCCAUGGUACCUGUGUGUGUUCCUGGGUUUACAGCACUAUCUAACCUGCUUCAGUGGGACUAUUGCUGUGCCAUUCCUUUUGGCUGAAGCCAUGUGUGUGGGAUAUGACCAGUGGGCCACCAGUCAGUUGAUUGGCACUAUUUUCUUUUGUGUGGGCAUUACCACCCUACUGCAAACCACCCUCGGUUGCCGGCUUCCAUUGUUCCAAGCAAGUGCUUUUGCGUUUCUUGCUCCAGCGAGGGCCAUUCUGUCUCUGGAUAAGUGGAAGUGUAACGCAACAGUUGUUCCUUUAUUAAAUAGCACAGAGCUGCCGCACACAGAAGACAUCUGGCAUCCCAGGAUACGUGAGAUACAAGGUGCUAUAAUAGUGUCCUCUCUAAUAGAGGUGGUCAUUGGGGCCUUGGGUUUGCCGGGUGUCCUGUUGAAGUAUAUCGGGCCGCUCACCAUCACCCCCACAGUCACUCUAAUCGGCCUCUCUGGGUUUCAGGCGGCUGGAGAGAGGGCAGGCAAACACUGGGGCAUCGCUAUGCUAACCAUAUUUCUGGUCCUGCUGUUCUCCCAGUAUGCACGGAACAUCCAGUUGCCGCUUCCCAUCUACAAAUCCAAAAAGGGCUGGACCUCAUACCGCCUGCAGCUGUUCAAGAUGUUUCCUAUCAUUAUGGCGAUUCUUGUAUCGUGGUUUCUGUGUUUCAUCUUUACUGUGACUGACGUGUUUCCUCCUGAGAAAGAAAAGUAUGGAUUCUACGCCCGGACAGACUCCCGACAGGGAAUCCUGGCAGCCGCCCCGUGGUUCAAGAUCCCCUACCCCUUCCAGUGGGGUCUACCGACAGUGACGGCAGCAGGGGUUAUAGGAAUGCUGAGUGCUGUGGUUGCCAGUAUCAUUGAAUCUAUUGGAGACUAUUACGCUUGCGCCCGUCUCUCUGGAGCCCCGACACCACCUGUACAUGCCAUUAACAGGGGGAUUUUUAUGGAGGGCGUUUCCUGUGUUAUUGACGGCGUGUUUGGAACAGGGAACGGCUCCACGUCUUCUAGUCCGAACAUCGGGGUGCUGGGCAUCACAAAGGUGGGCAGCAGGCGAGUCAUUCAGUAUGGUGCAGCUAUAAUGCUUCUACUGGGAUUGGUGGGUAAGUUCAGCGCUCUGUUCGCAUCAUUGCCGGACCCAGUCCUAGGGGCGCUGUUCUGCACGCUGUUCGGCAUGAUCACCGCAGUCGGCCUUUCCAACCUGCAGUUUGUGGACCUCAACUCUUCCCGCAACCUCUUUGUCCUCGGCUUCUCCAUCUUCUUCGGGCUGGUCCUGCCCAGCUAUCUCAAAGACAACCCGCUUGUCACUGGUAUAGUGCAGAUUGAUCAGGUGCUGAACGUUCUCCUUACAACUGCAAUGUUUGUUGGAGGCUCCGUCGCAUUUGUGCUGGAUAACACUAUUCCUGGCUCUCCGGAGGAAAGGGGAAUCUGUAAGAUGAAUCGUGGAAAUGGGGCAUCUAAACGGGACAAAAUGGAAUCCUAUGACCUCCCGUUUGGGAUGGACUUCCUGCGUCGCCAUCGUAUUUUCCAGUACCUCCCAAUAAGUCCCACUUUCGCCGGCUACCAUUGGAGUGUUCUCACCCGUAGAUGCCACGAGCGGAGCAACAGGAGAGAAGACGACAUUCCAACAAAACCAGAACUGGGAGAAAAGUUUUUCCAUGCAAUCGUGGCAGGAAUAAAAUGGAAGGCAGGAAUGAUGGAGUGCGACUUGGAGAGAACAAAUUCAUCAGCAAGAGCAACAUUCUGUCACAUUUAAAGACCUACAAUCUUUAUUAUGAAGGGAAGAACCUGCAGCUACGACACAGAGAGGAAGAGGGGGAGUUGAUCAUAGAAGGGCUUCUCAAUAUCUCGUGGGGUUUGCGUCGACCAAUCAGGCUACAGAUGCAGGACGACCACGAGCGAAUCCGACCACCUCCCUCCUCGACCUCCUGGCACUCAGGCUGCAACCU